AUGAGCAAUAGAAUUGCCGAUCUCGAGCAAACCGUCGAGCAUCUGAAUCUUGGCGCUGCCUCUGCACAGCUUCCAACAUACCCGCAAAGCACGGCUAUUGGUAUGGAAGCUAGUCCAUUUAACGUCAACGAAUACCCAUUGAAAGCCUGUGCUGGAUACUGGGGCGCAUGGCUCAUCCUUGUCAGAGCUUUUUUUAAGAAGAAGAUCCCUAGCCAAGCAGGAGAGAAAACAAGUAUACACAGAAGUUUGCUGGAAAACUUAGAGCAAUGCAAUGUUUGUCUGGAGCCCGAGCUCCUUAAUCAGCAGCUGACCCAAGGCUCAAUUGAUCAGCAAAGCAUCACGGAAGAAGAUGAGCAGACCUGCCAAGCAAAUGAAGAAGAAAUCGAUGAUCAAAGCAGCACUAGUGACGAUGAUGAAGAAAAUUUCUUUAACGCUGACCAUAACACUCAGGAAGAUUGUGAUCACGAAAGUGAUAUUGAUGAAGACGAAGGCCCACUGUCUCUGGAGGCACAACUGACAUCAAGCGAGGAGGACGAACAGGUCACACACCUGCCAACUACCAGUGGCAAAAAAGCAAGAACGAAAGGAAAGUCGCCAGCACAGAAGCAGCCAGCGCGGCGAAUAAAGCAGCUUGUCAACAAAGCAAGCAUCCCCAGAAAACAAGAACGCUCUCCCGUCAUUUCAGAAAAACAGGAGCGCCUUAAAAGAAAUGUUCGUACAAAAAGCCCAACCCCGGUCGAUCCAGUCCCCACAAAACGUACUCGCGUCAUGCGUACAGUUGCGUCAAAAAUAUGAGCACAUAAUUAAUAGUCUUGCAAUAUCCAUGUUGCCCCAUCCAACCCAUUAAAAGCUCACUAAUAAAGUAAUUUUGUUCUAUCUCCCAUU